AUGGCCGUUCCUGGCGGUUCGACACCAUUUCCAUCAAUACGUAAAGCAGAGUCAUUAUCGAGCCUUCCCCUUCAAGUAGCAGUACAUUUGAACAUAUGUCUUGCACCAUUCCUCUUCAUUGCCGAAAUUUGCUGCUUAAUAUUGAAGACCGGUGGUGAAGAAACGGAGGAGAAGGGAAAGCCAGUGAAACUCGGGGAAACAAAGGUCCAUUUUCUGUAG